CUCGCUGCUCCUGUCAACAAGGUUUCAGCUCAUUUCAUCCUAUUGUCUUCUCCCCGCUGCUCACUCAAUCGUUCCCUCAUUUGUUUGAGAACUGUAAUUCAUGUGCCUUGAAUCAGAACAUAGAUCUAAAAAAGUCUCUAAAUGAAGUCUAACCAGCCCUGGAACCGUUCCGCUAAGUUGUCCGCUACACUAACGACAGUCUGGUUGUCUUGUUUGAAUGUAAUGUUCCCUACUGGUGGCUCAAGAGAACAUCCUAAAGUCCAAGCAUCACAUUUAAAUAGAAAUCUUUCUGUUCUUGUAUCACGGAGAAUGAUACGAAACACAUAAAUAGCAAGUGGAAAUUUAACCAGGUGAGACGUUUCAAAAGCAACAACUAUUUAACAGUCUGCUUGAUGUUAUUGCCUCUGUCUCCCACCCAGGAUGAAGUAUAUAUGGACCGGCCACAUGUGUGCAGUCGCGGCCUACGGUGUGUGUGGGAAGGAGCUGUGGACUCUGCUUCUCAACGCGCUCAGCUGCAACAGCAAAGUUCUGUUGAGGCUCGUCAGACACGCCGUCCCACUGUUGGUGAUCGGUUGCCUGUAUUACAAGUUCUGGCCUAAGCUGAUGGAGGAGCUAUCAGAACUGAGGGAGUUUUUUGAUCCAGACACUGUGGAGCUCAUGACCUGGAUUAGGUACACACACACACACUUACACUCUCACAUCAAAUUGAAGCAAAUCUGAUUAGGUUGUUUACACCGAUCAAGUUUCACUUUGCCUGAUGUCCUUGAUUAGUCUGUCUGUGUGUGUGUGUGUGUGUGUGUGUGUGUGUGUGUGUGUGU